GCCCCAAAAGUCAAAAGAAAUCAUACGCCAAGAAAGUUUUUCGCAGAAUAGAUUCUGCUGAUACAGUUUUAAAAUUCUGUCCUCCAAAAUCUUGUACUGAAAAUUCCAAAAAAAAAAAGAAAAAAAAAAAACCCAAAAAUGCGAACCCCAUGUUGCCAUACAUUUCUUGCAUUCGUCCUCAAAUUCCUGAAUUUUUUGCAGACAUUUAUUGGUAUAUCAAUCAUAAUUUACUCUGCUUAUAUGCUUAAUCAAUGGCAACACCAUACACCUCCUCCAGCUCCCAUGCCGUACGACCCGGAAUUUAAGCUUCCUGGUAACACCAUCCCCGCUAUCAAUUCCGUUUCCGACGUUGUUUUUGGAGUUGGCGACAAUGGGAUCCGCCUCAAUUCCCACAUCAUCCUAGCUCCUUGGUUCAUUUAUGCAUUUAUGGGAGUUGGGAUAUUGAUUUGUUGCAUCACAUGUAUUGGUCACAUUGCGGCUGAAGCAAUCAAUGGCUGUUGCCUUUGCUUUGUAUCCUUUCCUUUUCUGAAAUGGGCAUUGAAUUGUGGCCUGGAAAUAGGAGUUAAAAUUGAUAAUUUCUUAAUCAAAUCAAGUCUUCAACUCCUUGAUGCCAAAGACGGAUAUGGGGGGGGGGGGGGGGGGGGCCUAGUAAGUUUGGUGGCUUUUAUCGCACUUGAUCACCAAUGGGAGAAGGAUCUCCCAUUUGACCCCACUGGAGAACUUGAUAGCGUGCGAGCAUUUAUUGAGAAAAAUGCAGAUGUUUUUAUGUGGGUUGGCAUAUCCAUCAUUACAAUUCAGGUGUUAUCCCUACUUCUUGCAACAAUACUCAGAUCCUUGGUUUCCAGUCAGAGGGUAGACCAUGAUAUUGAGGAAGAUUAUGAUGCUAGGAGUAGAAUGAGGGAGCCACUGCUUAAUCCACAUCCAAACCAAGCAUCCGGGUCAACCAGGGCCAGGGGGGAUGAUAAAGUCGUGCACAAUGACAUCUGGAGUUCACGGAUGAGAGAAAAGUAUGGACUAAACAGUGGUGAUGCCAAGUAUAAUUUACUUCACCAAAAUUCAUCUACGGACACAAAAUAGAAGCAGUGAAUAUCUGAAGGCGUGAAUCUCCUGGAGCAAUAUGCUGGAAUAACUUCUUUUCAUAAUUAGCUCCUGGAGCAAUUUUCAUUUCAUGUACAUAGAUCUUCAAAGCAUAUUGUUCACCAUAAAGUUAACGCUAUAUGUUGAUGGACAUGUGAUCGCGUGGUGUUUUCCUUGUGCUGGGUAUAUUUGUUUCAACUAGUGAGAGUGACUUCUUUUUUGCCAUUAAUUUGGGUUGUAUAUCCAAUGGGUUCUUGGAAACAGUACUGAAACUGUGAUUGUAAAAUUAGAUUGGUGAGAAUCUUGUUUUUGUUUAUUGUGACGACAAA